AUGUGUAAGGAUGGUCAAAAAUUUCUCAACAAUGAGAUGACAGCAUCUUUCAGUAAAGUUUUGGGCCUGACAAAGCUAGCUGUUCGUGGCCUUAUCUGCUUUACUAUUGUCAUCUUUCUAUAUUUUGCGCUUUCAGCUUCUUCGUGUCCACCUACGUCCACAUUGUCUGAGAGAAAAACUUGUGAAGCCCCAGAGCCAACUGGAAAGCCCAUCGUCCUGCUGUGGACCCUGCCUUUUGGUGUAGUCUUUGAUUUCAAAUUAUGCAAAACCUACUUCAACAUUGAUAGCUGCAUACUGACUGAUAACAGGUCAUUGUACAGCAAAGCAGAGGGAGUCAUUUUGUUCCAUAAAGACAUCUCCUGGGAUUUGAAGAACUUGCCUCAGGAGCCACGUCCAUAUUUUCAGAAGUGGAUUUGGUUCAAUGUGGAAUCUCCCACGAACACGGCAAAGAUACCAGGUUUGGAAAACCUGUUCAACUUAACACUGAGCUACAAACGAGAUGCUGACAUCACAGUGAGGAAUGAGGUGACGAUCAAGAAAACAGACACAAAGGAGGAAUUUGUUCUGCCCAAGAAAGACAAACGUGUGUGUUGGAUUGUCAGUAACAAAAACCCAGCUACUGGAACAACUUUGAGAGAGAAAUAUUACAGAGAGCUGUCCCGACACAUAAAGAUUGAUGUCUUUGGUAUUGCUUUUACAGGGCACUUUUUAGAAUUUGAAAAGUAUUACCCAACCCUUGCGACUUGUAAGUUUUAUCUCUCAUUUGAGAACUCGCGCAACAAAGACUACUUCGGAGAGAAGGUCAACGGGCCUCUCGUAGCAGGGGCGGUUCCUGUAGUUCUGGGACCACCAAGAGAAAACUAUGAGCAGUUCCUUCCCAAUGGUUCCUUCAUUCACGUAAAUGAUUUCCGUGAUGCUAAAGGACUGGCAACGUUUCUGAAGCACCUGGACAAGGAUCAUGAAGCGUACAUGAGUUACUUUGAGUGGAGAAAGUACUACAAAGUCACUCCUCAUCUUUUGACACUAUCCAAGGAAUUCAUUCAACCUUUCUGCCUCGCCUGCGACCACAUCUCAAAAGACAAAGCAUACCAUGUUAUCAAUGAUCUUUAUGGGUGGUACUUUUCAUGA